UUUGCACCGCCAUUUUGGAUGAAAAUUGAAGGGGGUUAGGAAUUCAAAUAUCACUACAGUACAAAGCCAAUAUAAGUUCUUCUUGUAUCUGUACAAAGAGAAACCUCCUAGGAUGUAAAGGAUAAUUUAAGUCAUAGUCCGUCUCCUUUGUGAGUCAACGUAACUUGACGUCUAAAAUGGAUCAGGAGUCUCUGACAGCAACAGCUACAAUUGAAACAACUACAGAGGCUUACAAUGUCAAUCCUGAAAGGUGUACGGCAGUAAUGUAUGAAACAAAUGUUGACCAGCCCGAAAUAACAAUAUCUGGACAUUCUGAAGGACACCAAGGUAGGGAAAACGCCAUGGAAACUUCGGAUACAAAUGAGCAAGACAAUGAGUCAGCAGAUGAUCAGAUGCUAGAUGGGAACGAAAACCAAGAAAUUCCUAAGGUGGACUGGAAAGUGACAACGGUUGAUACUAGGUUUUCAAGCACUUCUGAAGACCUGUCACCAGAUAACAGCCUGGAUUUGCCAUCUGUCAUUGUUAGUGUUGCUCCGCUGUCACCAAAAACCAUCUUUCGUCACACGGAGAAGUCUGGGAUUCAUCGGGAAGGUGUUGUCACUGCUAAUGAAUUAGAAAAGACCGAUAGUAGUUGUAUGACCAGAAUUGAGCGUUCUCUGGAAUACGAGCGUAGAAGGGAUAUUGAUGAGCAGUGUGGAACGACCACUGCAAUACCACAAGACACUACCAUGAUUGAGGCGAGUCAUAAAAACGAAGGCAUUCGACAGUGCAUUGAAAAGCAUGACAAGGAUGGUGAAAAGAGUGAUGGUUCUGGCAUGAUAAAAACAAUGCGAGAUAACAAGACGAAGAAAGAUACGGGUGUAAACACUGUAAAAAACGUAAGGAAUGUGAGUGGUCUGGCUGACAAAAGAGACUUUAGGAAACUAAGGCUAGCAGAUGAUACGAGAGCUCCUUUGUAUUCCACUGAUAGAUCAAAAUUGUCCAGUGAAAAAAUACAGAAAACUCGUUCAAGGCACAUAAAUGAAAAACGUUUAGAAAUGCAACCAAGCACAGAAAACUCUGUGUGUAACAACAGGAAAUCGAAUGUCGUGUCAGAGAACUUUGCUUAUGAAACAGCCAAAACUGCAUCGUCCCCAAUGCUCAAACCUACUGAUAUUAAGCUGUGUGUUGUAAAUGAUGAAGAAGCCAAGGAGCAGGUAUCUCAUAGAAAAACCAGUGAGACAACCCAGUUGGAAGGCAGGGUACUCGAAAAUACUGUGUGCGUGCCGUCACAGAAAAAUCGAGAUGAUCUGCACUUUGAUGGAGGUUCUGUUGGUGAACGGACUGUAGAUGUGAAGAUAUCUUCACUACAGCAGGGUAAACUUGUGACUGUGCAGGCCAAGGAUGUAGCUGGAGAGGGGUUGCCUAAUAUUUCUAAGGAAGAACCUAUAUGUUCUACGAACACAAAGAUAGAAAAAUCUAAUGAGCUUCAAAAGGCUCGAAGCAAGAAUGCAGAAGGUGCAGAAUGUUCUAGUGUCAAUAUGUCUAGUAAGAAAGGCCCUGAAGAAAAAGACAUAGUACAAUCAAAAGAUACUGGUGAUAUAUAUGGGCAUGCAGCUCUUGAUCAGGAGCAACUAAACCCCACUAGAUGCCAUGCUGAAAACCCCAUUCAAGCAGAUUCAGUAAAAGGAAUUCAUGAGAACUCAUCGCAAGAGCCUGUAACAGUCAAUGAAAAUGUAGGAGAACAAUCGGUGGUACAAAACAUUGUAAUGGAUACUGACAAACUGUAUUCAAACGAAAGUCUUCAAAAAAAGUCAUGGGAUCUCAACCUCACAGUAACGAAUACUGAGUCCAUCAAUGGUUCUGACUGCCAACAGCCAACAGAACUGAGUUUAUGUACUGAGUUAUCUGAUAAAUCUAUGUCGUUACCUAGGGCGUCAGUGAUUGUGUCUUCAUCAGCAGUAGGCAAAAGUAACGAGGGCAGUAGUGCCCAACUUAAGUCAGAAGUCUCAUCUGUAGAAGUAACUGAGCAAAUAGUUAGUAUAAUACCUUCACAGUCAUCUCUUACGUGCAUCUCCCCUGUUGCUGUAACUGUCACUGAUAUGCCUGCAACGUCAGAUGGUAAAGCAUCGAUACCGAACAAAGCUGGUGAGGCCCCAGUCAGAACUAGAAGUAAUAAGGACCUUUUCCAUGAGACCACUGGAAAAGAGUUGCACUCCAGCCAGAUAGCAUAUGAGAAUGACCAACCUAGCAUGACUGCUGCUAAGACAGAGAAUGUAACAACAGGAGGUAAUGUAUUAUCAACACACAAAUCAGCAGGAUUCAAUGGUGGCAAACCUCUCACAGAACCAGGAGUGUCUAAAAAGCUUGCUGGAAUUAUAAAGCCCACUACUUUCCCCAAAUCAUCAGCGAAUGCUGAAAAUAUGGUUCGUGCUAAAAGCAAAACAGCUGCAGUUGCGAGUACUGGCUCUAGUAUGACUAAGCCAGGGUUAGGGUCGUCUGGCCAACCACUGAUCACACCAACUUCAAAGCCGGUGACUACAUUACCGGAAGCAACUGUUUCGACAUUUAGCCCACAACUACCCUCUACUGUGAAACCGCUUCAUCAAUUACCAGUGUCGCAGCGUCUAACGCCACCCGUUGAACCGGCGUCCUCCAUAGGACCAGGCAUUGUGUCACUUGAGUUACAUACUGAGGCAGCAAUAACCAAGUCAAUGGGGCUGGUUGAGGCUCAAUCAUGUGAAUCCGAAUUGUCGGAAGCACCCAUAGCUAAGCAGGAGCCCGCGGUACUGGCUAGUUCUGAAGGCGAAAACAACAAGCCACGGUCCUUGAAGAGGCCAUUGUCACGAUUACCUAAGAAGAGGAAAGCUUCCGAAAAACUGCCUACAGACAGUGAUGUGAGCACACCCAAGGUAAUGGAUAGUAGCCCCAGAAAGGGUAUUGCUGGAAACAGUUUAAAUUCUAUUGAAAGUGGCAAGACUUCCAAAACAGAUAAGCAGUCGGUUGGCAUAUCUAGAGUCAUCGAAACUCAUGCCAAAGUUUCAAAAGCCAAAAAGAAAUCUUCCAGUUGUAAAAAAAUGGGCCUUUCCGCUGCUGCUAAAAUCUCAAUCAAGCAGAACGAUCACUCCAAAGAGAUAUCCACUCUAGGGAUAGUUACUUCUAUCACCAGUGUCUCCAUGAAGAGUGAGUUAGUUCAAAAUGGUCUGGAGGCAGUCAAGAGCAGUAAAACUGAGAAACUGCUGGAGAAGCCUGCAGGUAAACGUAAAGACAAGGAGCCUGCUGCAGAUCUUAAUAAGAAAACAUUGUCACCUGAAGCUCCUCAAGAUUCGGUGAAGAAAGAACAUUCACAGUCGGAGUCUACUAACGAUGUCACGUCGCAACCCAGUGCCAAGCGUAGUCACAAAUCGAAAACAUCACAGAGAAGGAGCUCAAAACAGCGGUCGAAACUGAAAGAGCAAGUGAGCAAACCAAAAACACCACACGUCUUGAGUAGUGUCGAUAUGCCCACAUUUGAGUUCACCAAGGACGAGCAAAGUCAGCUGUUGCGGAGCAGCGACAAGGACAGAGCUCGUCGACCGAGGGAUGUUCUCCAGCAUAUGCCCUCCAGUCCAGUGCUGAAGAAGUCUCUGUUUGAGAAAUUUGCCGCGUCUCUCACCGAGGAGCAGGCAGAGGACAGCGCCACUAGCCAGGAGGGUGACGAGCUGCCGCCUCCGAUAACGGAACCGGCGAAGACGCGGGGGCGUCGCCGCCCGCCAGCGAAACCUCCCAAGCUUCACCCCAUGGCUCCCGUUGAGCGUAGCACGAGCGCGCAGGCUAGCAAGCCGGCGUCGACCUGCGGACGGCUGUCCGACACUAUUCAGCGCCACCUAGAGAGCCAUUUGAGUCACGCCGCCGCCGUCGAAAGCCAGCAAGCAGUGAGGGUGAAGCGCGGACGAGGGCGGCCAAAAGGCUCGCCGAACAAGAAGACAAUACUCCUAGCCCUGCAGGGUGCACUGUCUCAAAAGCGCACUGACCUUCUCAAGCAGCAGUUGGCCAACCUGCCGCAGUCGGAUAGCCUGUCGGCAGUAAUCGCUAGCAUUUCAAACAAGCUCUCUCAGCCCGUAACUCCAGAGUCGAGCCGCGCUAUGCAGAAACUUAUAAGAAAUGUGCAGCGAACGGGAUCUAUUAGUGUAAAUCCAUCGGGAACGAUGCCUAAGCGUAAGCGGGGACGCCCGCGAAAAGAGCCCUUGCCGGAGCCUCACGUGGUGAAGGCCCGCGUGAGUGACAAGGGCGAUUCCGAACUGCGCUCGCUCGUGAGGAGCAUCGAGAGCUCUAUUGAGAGCCAAUUUUCAGAUAAGGACGAUUUCGACAUCUCGCGGACGUCAGGUGCGGCUCCGAAAAGCGCAAAGCACAAUCGAUCAAAGGCAGCUGUUCUACAUCGUAGGCGACUCAAGCACAUAUUUGGUAAGACUCUCAAGCUGAAAAAGCGAAGGCGGCGCAACCAAGACGUGGCUUCGGUGACGGACAGUCAGCGAGCAGAUAGCGUGGCGAGCAUCUGCAGUGAAUCCAGCGAGGUGCAAAGCAGUGCAUGCAAACGCUCGCCUGUGCUGGGCGAGUAUGGCUCGAGCGCGACGGCGGCAGCCUCUUUCCUGGAGCGCUAUCGGAACGCGAACAAAGCUCAUCUCUUGGCCGCCAACGCGGAGUCUGCGGAAGCGCAGGCUAGGCAUAAGUCACUGCGGCUCGACGACCCGUCCACUAUGCAGGCUGCGCUGCUCUACCGCAACAAGGGUAAAUUUGAGAAGGAUGUCCUUACGAAGUUGCGGAAGCGCGCGUGCAAGGUGAAAUCCAAGCAUAAGAACAUCGUAGAUCCCGUGUUUCUAGACGAGCUAGACGAUUUGACGCAACUGUUUGACAGGGCCACUAUAUCGGAUCACUCCGAACCAGAACAAGGUUCUCUUGGUUGUAGUCCUCCCAGUGUGUUCCGGGUGUGUGACUAUGGAAGCGGAAAAAGGGUCUUGGCAAUCUUCAAAAGGCGCGUCGGGCGGCCUCGCAAGGCAGAGAUGGUUACCAAGCACUUCAACAUACUUACCAAGGAGAGUCUCAUCUCGCUGAAGCGUGUGCGGAAAAAGAAAGUGCAGAGCGAGAACAGGUACUACGCGCCGACGCCGCGCACAACCGAUCCCAACGAACAACGACUACCUUUGAAGAAGCGCCACAAGAUGCUCGAAUCGUCCUACAGCCACGCCGGUUCUCCGAGACACCACAGUGCCAACGCCGAGUCUGGCAGACACCUGGCCGGCCGACUCUUCCAGAGUUUUCACGGCACUUUCAGUGAUGGUGGAGAGUCCUCCAACCUCUCAGUGACGCCUGGCGAUCGACCCGACACCAUGGCGAGGCGGCGAAAGUCUGGGUUGGGCGCUGGCUCGUCGCAGCACUGCAGUUCUGCGAUGCAGUCACAGCAAAAUAAGAUCAUGCACGACCUUUGGCAGCAGGUGCGGGAUCGCUAUGACGAGUACACGAGCGUUGAUGAGGUCAUCGACAUUGUCUGCGGCGGGCCUGCCGACCUUCCCCUGCUAGAGGACGCCGUUGGUGACCCAGACAAGGGCGCGACUGUCGAUCUCAAUGCGUCGAAGCGAGAGAAUUCGCCUGAGCCAGUACUGGGGGCGGCCCAGCCGCGGAAGCGCGGCCCAGGACGACCGCGCAAGUCCGACCCAGACGCGCCCAGCAAUCGCUUCCAUCAGUACCGACUGAGUGCGAAGCAGGAGCAGCAGCGCAUCAUGGAUGCGAUCAUGAAGCAGCAUGAGCGGCGGGAGCGGCUGCGGCAGAAACGCACUGAGAGCGAGCGGCGCAAAGCCGACGCGGCGGCGGUGGUGGCGGCGGCGGCGGCGGCGUCGAGCAGCACGCUGCAUGACGGCAAAGACCUCGUCAGAGAAACGAUCGACGAUGUGAUCAGUGCGACAGUGAGAGGCAUUGCGCUGCCACGGCUCAGCAGUCCCACGAGGAAACGCAAGCACGCCACGACCGAAGGUAGUUCGGGGAGGAAAAGAUGGCGAGUGCCAAGGAAGAGGCUUCCAGGAGAAAUUGGAGAGACUUGUAGUGCAGGGAAUACAUCUGGCUAUGUAAGAGAACUUAUUGAUUUCUCAGCACAUAAGUACAAGAAAAUAAAAUCAAAUGUGUACGUGGAUGUAAAGCCGCUCUCGUGGAACGAGCCACAGGAGUGCACCUGUCGCAGACCUGAGAACCCUGAAGUAGAAAAGGCAUGUGGAGAACAGUGCCUCAACAGAAUCAUGUACACAGAGUGCUCCCCAGAUCUCUGCCCUUGUUUUGACGCAUGUGCUAACCAGCGGAUACAGCGGCACCAGUGGGAAGUGGGUUUGGAGAAGUUCUACACAGAAGACCGCGGCCACGGCAUCAGGACAUCUUUAACCAUUAAGGAAGGUGACUUCAUAUUGGAGUACGUGGGUGAGGUGGUCAGUGAGCAGGAGUUUCGACGACGCAUGACCGAGGUCUACCACAAUGCACCGCACCACUACUGCCUGAACCUCGACAGUGGAACGUACAUCGAUGGAUACCGCUACGGAGCCGAGGGUCGCUUCGUCAACCACUCAUGCGAUCCGAACUGUGAGAUGCAGAAAUGGUCAGUGAAUGGCAUGUAUAGGAUGUGCUUGUUUGCACUUCGGAACAUCGAGCCCGGAGAGGAGCUCAGCUAUAACUACAACUUCCACGAUUUCAACUCUGAUGCCAAACAGGAGUGCAAGUGUGGGAGUGCAAACUGUAGUGGCUUUCUCGGUGGCAGGAUUUGGCCAAAACUGAAUGGACUCUUACCAAGAAACCUACAGCCUGUAUCUGUGAUUAAAAACACCAAGCAGCGUCCAGGCCGAAAGGGCUCUGGCAGACCGUCCAAAUCUUCCCAGCAGCAGCUGUCGCGCCGCCCAAUGUCUUUCCGUGAACGAGCGUAUGUGCUGGACCAUCGUUGCUUUUUGCUGCGCAAUGUGGAGAAGGUUAAAGAGAGUUGUAGACUGCAAGCAUUGCAGCCAGAGGGAGGUGAGAGAGGCAGCGAUGGAGCACGGGAUAGAAAGCCGAAUAAAGCAGAUGUCUUCAUGGCGCAGUUCACGGCAUUGAAGACUGCACGGUCUGUGAAAACCCGGAGAUUGGCGUUGGCUGAAGGGAACACAGAGUUGACAAAGACUGCACGACUUGCUCAGGUGUUCAAGGACAUUUUCAUUGUGGUUUCCACAGAAAAAAGUGCUGACAACACUGUCAUGGCAAUGCCCUUGUUCACCUUGCCUUCUAGAAAAAGAAAUGCGGACUUCUAUGAGAAGAUCAAGGAUCCCAUCUGUCUGAACCAGAUCGAGAAUAAAAUCAUGACUGGCCACUACAAGACUAUAGCCAUGUUUGAUCAGGAUAUGUACAAGCUGUUCCGCAAUGCUCAGAAGUACCACGGUGAAGACUCCGCCAUCAGCAGGGCCGUGUCCAGACUGCAGUCCGUCUACCAAUCAGCGAAACUCGACUCAAGCACGUACUUUGAAGAUAUCUUGGGCGAAGAAUUUCAUGGAGCAAAGACCAGCCGAGGCCGAAAGAACACAAAGGAGGGUGCGUACCUUGAGAACUCAGAUGAUGGUGAUAUCAUCCGCUGCCUGUGUAAUAUCUACAAGGAUGAGGGGCUCAUGGUGCAGUGUGAGAAAUGCCUCAAGUGGCAGCAUGCCGACUGCAUGGGUGUGACGGGAGCCGAGGACAACUACAUGUGUGAGCUGUGCUCACCUCGUCCAUGCAGCAAGGAGGUUCCUAUGACACCACAGCCGAUGUAUGCGAUGCCAGGGUGUAUUUAUUACAUGACACUUAUGAGGGAUGAGCUGCAAAUAAGACAAGGUGACUGCGUGUACCUGCUUAGGGAACGACCUCCAAAGGCUGGAACGACGCCUGCAACCCCGGCAGCAGCAGUGGCACCUGGUGGUGGAGAUGGCAUCCAUCACAGUCCCAUUUUUAAUCCGAAAGCAUUAGCAGAUUGCAGCCCAGGUUCUAUCACUGCUACAGGAAGUGCUACACAUACUUACCCUACAUUCAGGGAUAUUCAUGAGUUUGACAAGAGUCAAGUUGACAUAUUCAGAGUAGAAAAGCUGUGGAAAAAUGACAAGGGCGACAAGUUUGUGUUCGGGCACCACUACUAUAGACCGCAUGAGACCUACCAUGAACCAUCAAGGCGCUUCUUUCCUAACGAGGUGUUUCGGGUCCCACUGUACGAGAUAAUACCGCUCGAUUCCAUCGUUGGUGUCUGCUGUGUCAUGGAUCUGGCCACAUACUGCAGGGGUUGUCCUGUAGGUAUGGCAGCCAAUGACUGCUACAUCUGCGAGUACAGGUUGGAUAAGACGGCACGCCUGUUCAACAAAAUCUCAAGAAUCAGGUACCCAAUCUGUACAAAGUCGUAUGCAUUCAACUUCUUUGAGAAGAAGUUGCAGCCUAAACGAACUUAUUCGCCGCAUGAGGUUCCGGACGAUAUCAGCGUCGACGUUCAUGCGCGGGCUCAGAGUCUGGCUCUGGCAGCAAAACGCAGCAUCAGCAACCGGCCCAACAGCGAUGACGAGGACAUCCCACUGGCCAUUGUGAAGCAGCAGUCGCAGGAGGAGAAGAAGGCCAAAAAGAGGGAGCACCUCAACAGCCACCUGACUAAGCUACUCUUAAAGUUAUCUAAUGCUAAGAACCCACUCGAUGUCACCUACCUACUGGAGACCAAACGUACACUUGAACCUGGGUUCAGCCAAAGGCCUCGCGUAGGAAACCGGGAUUAAUGUUUGCUGCACUACCAACCCUCAUCUCCAGGUUUUCCCCUCACGUUACAGGAGAACAAACACCUGCCUACAGAUGUGCUACUGACAAAUACCCAUGAGUAGCACGAAGUCACCUCGGAAUUAUGAUGGAAGUGCUCCACCCAGAAAUGGCCGGCUCAGUUUUGGGGGAGUAUAAUUUGUAUGUUAUAUCGUUUUUACAUAUACAUAAUAUACAGAGCAGUUUAAACAUGGUAACUAGGCACUAGUUAGUAGCUACCCCCCCCCCAAAUGGUGUUUCCACUCUGCCAAGAUGUGUCACAUUGUGCAACUGGACCAUUCCUUGAUGCACUGGUGUGUCACACUGUGUUACUAGGACACUUCAGUUUUAUGGUAAGAAAUGUGGAAUGGCAGGUACAUGACACGAGAUUCUUGGCCUAUUAAAGCAAGUUGGUUAUGAUUUUAAAACAAUAAGUGCAUUAUGGUUGUGUUUAUAUCUAGUGCACUGCCUAUAGGUACUAGUUACCUUUUGGUAGCUCGUAGAUUUUGGUGUACCAGCCUGUAUAUUGUAUACAUUUUACAAGCAGUCUCGCUUCGUUUGGAUUCAGAGCUUGGUGCUGAAAAAUUCAAGCUUGAGAUGGUCUCACUAUGGGAAUGGAAUUUUAAUUACAUUGUUAGACAGAUGUGGGUAUCACGUCCAGAAUAUUUGUGAGAUUAGGACAAUGGUUGUGAUUCUAGCUAGUAGUUGUGAAAAAGCACACCUAGUUAGCGAGCAUACCAUUGAAAAUAUGUAUGUAUGUAAUUAGAUAAUAUACUCCAAGCAUAAUUAAAUAUUUCUUUUACAAUUUAAUUGUACGUCUAGGUGAGCAUAAGAAAUAAUUUUCAUGGUGAAGCAAUGCAUGCAGAUUCAUGUUAUUUGCAGUGUUAUAUUAAUACCGCUGAAAUAAUUCUAAUGGACGUAAUUACUCGGUGGAAGGUUUUAUAAAUAGUAAAAAAAAUUGAGGUGUUCAUGCCAAGCUGAGUACAGCAGUUUAUUAUGUUGGUGUUUCGAAGCAUGAUGUCUUAUUUUGACAAUGUGAUUACACUAUUAACCGUGUAUCCGAAGGUAACGUAUACAUUAAGUGUAAAUAUUGCAGUCUUACGUGAUAGCACUUGCGUUUUUAUUGGGACAAUCUACUGUAUAUUCAUUAUUAUUAUUAGUAUAGCAAAUCCCAUAUUUUAUCUUGAUGUGAACCCUAUGAAUGUAAUCGUGUUCAAUUUGUUUUUGUACGGUUUGAUUGUGAAUUGUGUUUGUUGUACAGAGCGUUUUGUGUACAUUUCCGUGUACAUAAUAAUAGGAUAGACCUACUUAAGCCCUGUCUCCCUGGGUACUGCCGGAACGUACCCUGGGUACGGUACGGUAUACCGGAACGUACCCUGGUAACUUCUAUAUG